AUGGUCUCCGACUUUUUCUACCCCAACACGGGGGGUGUGGAGAGCCACAUCUACCAGCUGUCGCAGUGUCUGAUGGCGUUGGGACACAAGGUGGUGGUGCUGACCCACGCAUAUGGCGACCGAGCGGGAGUUCGCUACCUCACAAACGGCCUCAAGGUGUACUAUGCGCCCCGCCUGCCCUUCACCCAAGCCGUCACGUUCCCCACCCUGUUUGGCGGGUUCCGCCUGCUGCGCACCAUCCUACUGCGUGAGCGCAUCAACCUGGUUCACAGCCACCAGGCCUUCUCCACUAUGGCGCACGAGGCCAUCAUGCAUGCACGCACCAUGGGCUACCCAACUGUCUUCACCGACCAUUCCCUUUUUGGGUUUGCUGACGCCAGCAGUAUAUUGGUCAACAAGGUGCUCAAGUACACGCUGGCAGAUGUGCACCACGUCAUCUGUGUCAGCCACACCAGCAAGGAGAACACGGUCCUGCGCGCGUGCAUCCCACCCAAGCGCGUCUCCGUCAUCCCAAACGUUGCGGGAGCGGGCUGGCAAAAUGAGCCACAGCUGGGCCAGCAGCAGAGGGACCGUGGGAUCACGAUUGUGGCCCUGAGUCGGCUGGUGUACCGCAAAGGCAUUGACUUGCUGGCGGCCAUACUGCCGACCCUCUGCCAUCAGCACCCAAACUUGCAGGUGCGGCACUUUUGUUGA